AUGACGGUUGUUUCUCGCGGUGCGGACCAAGGCGUGAACAUCGACAAGCGAAUGUUGCGCUACCACAGUAACAACAAGCGUGAUGGUGAAGAGGACGAAGAAGAAAGGGGAAUCCCCAGUGGUGCGGACCUCGCUCACCUGGCGGGCUUGGCUAAAACGAACAAGGCCGACUCUCUUGGGACGAAGCUUACGGAGUUUUUCAAUGGUAUGGUUAAAGGUCGUGUCAACCCUUCCAACAUCCACAAGACGGAGUUAUCGGGUGCAGACUACGACAUACUCCGUCAACGGUUUGCAACCUGGUACAGACACUACAAGGACAUUGAGUAG